AUGAAGCGCCUGUCACCUCGCGUCAACGUUAUCCCCGUCAUUGGAAAGGCUGACUCCCUGACGCCCGCCGAGCUCGCCGAGACCAAGAAGCUUGUCAUGGAGGACAUUGAACACUACCGCAUCCCCGUCUACAACUUCCCCUACGACAUCGAGGAGGAUGAUGAGGACACUGUUGAGGAGAACGCCGAACUCCGUGGACUCAUGCCAUUCGCUAUCGUCGGAUCCGAGGACACAGUCGAGAUUGGAGGUCGUGUUGUCAGAGCCCGCCAAUACCCCUGGGGACUGGUUGAGGUGGACAACCCGCGCCACAGCGACUUCCUGGCCAUUAGGAGUGCCCUGCUUCACAGCCAUUUGGCCGACUUGAAAGAGAUUACACACGACUUCCUCUACGAGAACUACCGCACAGAGAAGCUUAGUAAGAGCGUCGAAGGCGGAGCCACUGCGUACGUGACCCAGGACCUAGCAUCAUUAUCAGCAGGAACUAACGGUAUCGGCAGCGAUCACUCACUUGCUCCGGAAGACCUGGCCUCACAAUCAGUCCGCCUUAAGGAGGAGCAGCUGCGCCGCGAAGAAGAGAAGCUCAAGGAAAUCGAACUCAAGGUGCAGCGCGAGAUCAACGAGAAGCGACAGGAGCUGUUGGCCAGAGAGAGCCAGCUGCGCGAGAUCGAGGCACGCAUGCACAGAGAGCAGAGCGCCGCGCUCAGCGUCAACGACACCGAGUCGACCGAGGCCGGCGCCGCCUAA